GUACAAAAAUUUUCAGGUUAUGUUUUCAAUAUUUUGAAUUAAUAAUUUUAUUUUUUCAAAAAAACAUUUAGCCUUAGCUUGUUAUUGUAAUGAUUUCGCUUUGAACUUGCCCUUAAAAAAAAAACUCAUAUUAGUUCUAUUCAGAAUGAGUAAUAUCAUUAAUAGAUGCUCUAGAAAUUGCAAUCUCAGGAAAUGUUUAAAAACAUCUGUAGGGUUCUUUUAUAGAUCCUGCAGUAAUGUUUCUGAGAUAAAAAAUCAUGAAGUUGCGGCAAAUAAUUUAUUCCGUAAAAAACUUUUGAAUGGGCCCCAUUUAAAAGAUUUCUUCAAAAAAGGAGUAUUGGACCCAAAUUGGAAAGAUGAUGAAAACGAAGUAUUUGCACCUUACUUGGACCCAAACAUUCUUAAUGGAAGGGGAAGAAAAGUUUACUUUGAGAUAUAUGGGUGUCAAAUGAAUGUGAAUGACACCGAUGUAAUAUGGUCUAUUUUAAAGGAUUACAGCUAUGGAAAAACAGAUGAUAUAAAUGAUGCUGAUGUUAUAUUUUUAGUGACCUGUGCAAUCCGAGAAAGUGCCGAAGAUAAAAUAUGGAAUAAAUUGAAUAGCUUGAAAGGCUUGAGAAAGAGCAGAUCAAAGGAUAAACCACCCUUAAAAGUUGGGGUAAUUGGGUGCAUGGCUGAAAGAUUGAAGGAAGUUGUUCUAGAAAAGGAUCAAAGUGUUGACUUAGUCGUUGGACCAGAUGCUUAUCGCGAUAUACCAAAACUUUUAGCUCUCACUAACUCAGGUCACAGAUCCAUCAAUGUAUUACUUUCUGUUGAUGAAACUUACGCUGAUAUAAUGCCAGUUAGAUUGAAUGAAAAUUCCAUUUCAGCUUAUAUAUCAAUAAUGAGAGGAUGUGAUAAUAUGUGCAGUUAUUGCAUUGUACCAUGGACCAGAGGAAAGGAAAGAUCGAGACCGGUUUCUUCAAUUCUUCGGGAAGUGGAAAAUCUGGUUGAUCAGGGUGUGAAAGAUAUCACUCUCCUAGGACAGAAUGUGAACAGUUAUAGAGAUAUAAGUAAAAGCAAUGGAGAAGUGUCUCUAAUUCCAGCACCAACAAAACUGACCAAAGGAUUUCAAACGGUAUAUAAACCCAAAGUUGGCGGUUUGAGAUUUUCCCAUCUCAUUGAAAAAGUAGCCAAAAUUGAUCCAGAAGUUCGAAUAAGAUUUACUUCCCCUCAUCCGAAAGAUUUCCCAGAUGAUUUACUUUAUGUAAUAAGAGAUCAUCCAAAUAUAUGUAAAAGCCUUCACCUACCUGCUCAAUCAGGAAAUUCUCAAGUUCUCCAAAGGAUGAGACGUGGCUAUACUAGAGAGGCUUACCUUGAACUUAUUGAUCACGUCAGAGAUAUUCUUCCAAAUGUGGCACUUUCCUCAGAUUUCAUUUGCGGUUUUUGUGGAGAGACAGAUUCUGAAUUUAGUGAUACAUUGAGUUUGAUCGAGCAAGUGCAAUAUAAUUCGGCAUAUUUAUUUAUGUAUAGCAUGAGAGAAAAGACUACGGCUCAUAGGAGAUUCCAAGAUGAUGUUCCCAAUGACGUAAAACACAAAAGAUUACUCGAGAUGAUCGAACUGUACAGGCAAAACGCAGAUAAGAAAAAUCGUUCACAAAUCGGGCAAACUCAGUUGGUGUUGAUCGAAGGUCCAAGCAAAAGAAGUAACACAAAUUUGGUCGGUCGGAAUGACCAGAAUAUCAAGGUCAUCAUACCUGGACUAGACCUUAUUCCGCCCAAAACUGAAACCGAAGAAAGUAGAUUGUUGAAACCUGGAGAUUAUGUAGCCGUUCACAUCAAUGAUGCAAACUCCCAAAUUCUGAAAGGAAUACCUUUGUAUAGGACGUCGUUAGUGGAGUUUUCUUAUCUUCAAGAUAAUGAAACGCAAUUUAUGAAUAGGGGAUUAACUUAUUGAAUGUAGGAAAUAAAUCAAUCUUUAUUUCA